AGUGAUUGAAUGCAUUGGCAAAGAGGAGGAGGACUUGAUUUUUAUCACCAUUUCAUUGAUAAACACAAAACACCACAAACAGAAAGAGAGAGGAAUAGACUGACAGACAUAUACACAGAGUAUAUACACAAAGAAAAUAUCACAUGAAAUGGACGAUAAGACCAAAUGCCUGGGAAGGGGUGCCACCGGAGGGGUAAGUGCGGGCGUCGGCGCCGCGUUCAACGCCUACGGCGAAGACGUCGAGAUCAAGCCGUUCCGGAGGUCGGACUUUGUCAAGCGAGUCAAGUACACCAAAGUGGCCGUCGGGGUAAUACUGGUGGCCGCGGCGGUGGCCAUACUCGUGGUGGUCGGCCAACUGGUCAUCGAUCUCACAGCACAUCAAACAACACUCAGUAGCGAUGACCACAACCACAGCCACGGAAGCGGUGGUGAUAGUAAGGCCGAGAAGAUUAUCAGCAAUAGUACUAGCGAUGGACCGGUGGUGGUAACCAAACCCUUGUCCACCACUACUCCCACCGCCAAAACCACUACACCAUCGACUACUACGACAAGAACAAGGAGGACAACCACUACCACAACAACCACACCAUCAACAACAACAACAACAACAGUGUCAACGACUCCGAGUACGACAACAAGACGUACAACAACUACGGCAACCACCGCACAGCCAAUCAUCGAUCACCUAUUGGUGACAAUAGUGGUCAACAAAGGACAGGUGCCCAACAAAGACCGGUCGAUAACCGCGGGCCAGAGUGACGCCUACGUCAAGGCCUACGCCGACAAUCAGUACAUCGGCUCCACGGGUGCCCAUAAGGACACACUGUCGCCGGUGUGGGACUACCAGAUGGCCAAAGGGAUGACCCUCCGGGUGGACAGUGUGCUGCUCUUCGAGGUGUACGAUAAGGAGCGCUGGAACGCCGACGAGUUUAUCGGCCGAUUUGUGGUCAAAAUGUCCGAUUUGAUGGCCGAAACGGCCAAUGGUAAGCAAGUGGACAGAGAGUUCACCGACGGUCGACUCUGGUUUACCGUCUCCUGGACUGAGGUGUACAGGGGAAAGGAACUGGCGUUUAUAAGAGGGGGACAACACCCGUCACCCAACUAUAUCCCAGCACUGGUAUACGCAUUCACCACCACAUAUGCCCAGUGCUCUCAAGGGUAUCACCAGAAAAACUACUUCAUGUUUGAGUUNACCACCACAUAUGCCCAGUGCUCUCAAGGGUAUCACCAGAAAAACUACUUCAUGUUUGAGUUUGUUAUCAUAUUUCGCAUUUCAAAACAUCUCAAGAAGGAGCUAACGUACGACCAAUCGGUGGACAGCACUCACACCAGACAACCCAUGAAGGACUUUACCGUGUCGUUCAAGAAGUCGGCGGCCGACACAAUGGGCGCACUGCAGCUGAUCCCAGUGCACACCAUAGCGCGCACCAGACAGUGGCUCGACUGGAAACGGUUAGCCAUUGUGGGCACAGCGCUGGUCGUGGCCACAGCUCUACUGGUGUUCCUACUGGUGCCCCGACAUCGAGACACACACCACGACCAGGACUUGGUCUCAGCGUCACAGCACUCCUACUCCGAAAGUCGGGACAAUCCUAUACAGGCGUUGGGACUCAUCGAAGAGACCACCACUACUCGCACAACAACCACAACGACAACCAUCGCACCGGAGGUCACCACACGGCGAGUGCUGGACUACAUACUGGCCUCGAUUAUCGUCAACAACGCCACUGUCCCGCAGAUGGACAAGACUUUGUUCUCGAAGAGAGCGGACGCAUACGUGGAUCUAUAUGUGAUUACCGGCGCUCAGCACCAGAAGAUUGGCCGCUCCAAAGUGGACCACAACACGAUGGCCCCGAAGUGGAACUACCUGUUCGAGCACCGGCUCCGGGUGGCGCCCGAAGCCAUACUGCAGUUCGAGCUCUUCGACUCGGAUAAGUUCAAUAUGGAUGAACUCAUUGGUCGGGUGUAUAUACCUGUGCGACAGAUCAUCGCCGAUGAGAGCCUUAACGGCCAGAUUGUGGGCCACGACUACGACAGGGGCCGACUCUGGUAUACCGUUCACUGGGAACCCAUCUAUAGAUACGAGUGA